UUGCCGUUUUGGUCGCCGUGAUGAUUGUAAUAGAUGUAAUUGUUGUAACCCGUAAUUUGAUUAAUAAUGUUAACACAUAUCGCCAAUGGCUGGCUGCAUUUUGGGCUUUAUCAGGCCUGCAAGCACAUUAGAGCACGGCAUAUGUACGGCCGACACGUUGCACCAGGCAGUGCCCCAAAAAUAUCGACGUUCAUGGCUACCUGGUUCGAGUGUGCGAUGGAGCCAGCAAGGCAGUCGCGGACAAAUCAAUAUCCUAUUAAAUCGCCAGCCUCCCCUGCUCUUAUUAAAUUACACCUGCACUAUUCACACACGCUUACAAUAUAGCACCUUUCUCAAACUUAGCCUAAAAACACAACAGAAAACAGUGACGAGUAGUAUUCCACCUUAGAAUGAGAACAACAAGAAAUGUUACUACGAAUAUAGCGCCCCCUCGUACACUGUUCUAUUAGCCAUAAUCUUACAGAUCUACCGAUUAAGAAAUAAUCGUUUUCUCUUUUAUCGACUAUUUUAAAUAUAGUAUUGUAUAAAUGAAAAUGAAAUAAUAUAUAAAAUAAUAAUGAACAAUCAAUGGAAAAAAUAUCUAUUUUGGUUUGCUCAAGAACACAUUGAUUUUCGUAAAGCUGAGAUGGAAUCUAUUCUUAAUAUAUUUGGCAUGAAUAUGUAUAUCUAUCCUAAAUUAAAAGAACAUCCAUAUUGGAUAGUUAAUUUACCUUCAGAAAAUAUAGCAAACAAAAUUUCAAGCAGAGCAGUCUCUGUACGGUUUUGCAUAGAAUUAUGGGCUAAUAGUAAAACAAUUGAAGAUUUGCAUAGUAAGUUAAAAAAUUAUCCAAUAUCAGAAAUUAAUAAAUAUGCUGGACCACAUAAAUCUUUUAAAAUAAUAGUUGAAACAUUUUGCAAACAUUUUUCACAAAGUGAAAAAAUAAAAAAAAUUGAUUCUUUCAGUUAUUUACCAUUAGAGGGACCAGUAAGAUUGAAUAAUCCAGACACAACAUUAUGUUAUAUAGAAUUUUAUGGAUUAGAUCCUAAUAACAUUCCUGAAAAACCUUAUGAAUUAUUCUUUGGUAGAUGGAUUACAAGUGGACAAAGAAAUUUAAUUCAAAAAUUAUCCCUGAAAACAAGAAAAUUUAUUGGUAAUACAUCUAUGGAUCCUCAAUUAUCAUUAAUAAUGGCUAAUCAAGCUCAAGUUCAAAAAGGAGAUAUUGUUCUUGAUCCAUUUGUUGGUACUGGAUCUUUAUUAGUUGCUGCUUCACAUUUUGGAGGAUAUACUUUAGGAACAGAUAUAGAUUUUUUAAUGCUCCAUGGUCGUACAAGGCCUAGUAGAAUAUCACAAAAAAUUCGAGGAAAAGAUGAAAAUAUUGCCACAAAUAUGAGUCAAUAUGGAAAAAGAUCAUAUUAUAUUGAUGUAGUUGUAUCAGAUUUUUCUUAUCCUUUAUGGCGUUCCGAUAUGUGUAUAGAUGCUAUAAUUACUGAUCCACCUUAUGGUAUAAGAGAAGCAACAGAAAGAAUAGGUACAACUAAAUUAAAUCCAGUAAUAGAGGAACAUCAAGCUUCAUCUCAUAUACCAUCUAAAAUUGGUUAUGAUUUACCUCAAAUGUACAAAGAUUUACUAACUUUUGCAGCUAAACAUCUUAAGUUAAAUGGUAGAUUAGUAUGUUGGUUUCCUUUAUUUAGAGAUCAAUAUUCAGAAGAUCAAUUACCAACACAUCCAUGUUUGGAAUUAAUAGCUAAUUCAGAACAAAUACUUAGUAAUUAUACUAGUCGCAGAUUAUUAACUUAUAAGAAAGUAAAAGAUCCAAAGGAAUCAGAUGAAAUAAUUUCUACUAAUUUAAUCGAUUUCCGAGAAAAAUAUUUUGCACUACGAAAUGAAAGUAGAAGAGAAAAACGAAUGAAGAAAGCUGUAGAAAAAGCAAAAAAACGAGAAAUUUGGGAACAGAAUAAUAAAGAAAAUCCAAAAAGAUGACUAUAAUAUUAUUUUACGUGAACAAAUAUUUAUUUUCUUUUAAAUUCGUGAUUUAAAAUAUAAUUUUUUUAAAAUUAUUAUUUUUUUCACAAUCAUAUAUGCAAUUCAAAAUAUGAAUGACAUUUAGGAAUUUAUUACAGAUUUGAUUACAUUGAAGAGACUUAAAAAUGAUAAUAAAACGAUUUUUAAUAUC